GCUCCGAGGCACCGCGCAUACCUGAGUCGACCCCACAGCAUCCGCCUUCCGCCCCACCCCUGCACCGCCGACCGUCGACGAAUACACACACCUUUGGCGAGUGACGACAGUUUGUACCGCCAUGUCCAACAGCCUUGAAGCAAAGAUUGUGGUCCUCGGCAGCCAAGGCGUUGGGAAGACUUCCCUCGUCCACCGAUAUGUGAAGAACGCCUUUACACCUCCUACAACACAGUCGACCGUCGGCGCAUCCUUCUUGACCAAGAGGGUCGUGGAUAUCGAUACGUCCACCGUAGUCCGGUUACAAAUAUGGGACACAGCAGGUCAAGAGCGCUUCCGGUCCAUCUCCAAGCUAUACUACAGAGGUGCAAACGCUGCAGUACUAUGUUACGACAUCACCGAUCCCUAUUCGUUCGACGAGAUGGGCCGCUGGUUUAAAGAACUCAAAACCAACCUCGGAGAAGACGUGAUUCUCCAUGUUGUAGGAACAAAGUCAGAUGUCGUAGCCGAAGACCCUGCCAAGCGAAAAGUGCCGUUUGAGCGCUGCAUUGAAUACGUCGCCGAAAAUCUCUACCCUACGCAGAAUGGGCCGCCACACAGUGCUCAGACAAGCGGCUGGGGCUCUGUACCGGCAGCCUUCCACACCGGCGGUAUGGCAUCGCCACAGAGUAACCGAUCGAGCGGCUUCUGGGGACAAGAUUUGGGCUGGGAUUGUUGUCAUGAGAUCAGCGCCAAAGAUGGUGAAGGUGUAGACGAGGUCUUCCGUGUUAUCACCCGCAAGUUGGUCGAACAGCAACAGAAGAAGCUCGAAGAAGAACAACGCCAGUACGCUAUGGCUGGAGUCACUCCGGCCAUGGACAACAACGGCAAUGUGGCUGGGUAUUUCGAUUACCCUGGGAACGGCAAUGGCAGUUUCCGCUUGGGCACAGGCGAUAAGAGGCGGAGUUGGUUGGGCUUUCCAACUACACCAGCCGUCGCUGUACACCAACAAGAUUGGGAAGAAGACAUCAAUCGGGUGCAGAAGAGCAAGAGUGGUAGGUGUUGUUAACAACAAGUCUGCACCCUUGUCACUCGGUCUAUGUCUACACCUUUAUCUGUGCUUCCAAUCCCCAUGCUCUCACAGUUGGCGGGUAUCACGACUAGAUUCAUCUUGGUAUGCCCACGCAUAUUUUCCUUUUCUUCAUCUCCUCUUAUGUACUAUGCACUCGUGUGUGCUGUAGUACUUUCAUUGCUUCUCU